AUGGCGACAGUUGAUAAAGCAGAAGAGCUUAUUGAGGAACUUUGUAAUGCAUGCCGCGGUUCUGCGAUUCAAGACAUGGAAGACCUUGAAAUUUUUGCUAAGGGUCACAAUGCUGUGGAAGCCAACCAACUAAGACAUUGGGACAUCAACUUCUGGAGCGAGAGGCUCCGUGAGUCGAGGUAUGACAUAAAUGACGAAGAACUACGAGCUUUUUUUCCAAUGUCAAGGGUUAUAGAUGGUCUUUUCAGCCUUGCAAAGAUGCUCUUCGCUAUUAAUAUUUACCCUGCUGAUGGAUUAGCACCGGUUUGGAACAAUGAUGUCAGAUUCUAUUGUGUCAAAAACUUGUCCGACGUUCCGAUAGCAUACUUCUAUUUUGAUCCAUAUUCUCGUCCUUCUGGAAAACGCAGUGGGGCAUGGGUGGAUUUGGUUGUUGGUCGUAGUCGCAUACUUUCACGGGAUGCUACGUCUUGCAGGCUACCGGUGGUACAUAUUGUGUGUAAUCAAACACCACCACUGGCUGGCAAGCCAAGUCUUAUGACCUUUCGUGAGGUUGAGGCUCUGUUCCAUGAGUUUGGCCAUGCCCUUCAGCAUAUGCUGACCAUUCAAGAUGAAGGCCUUGUUUCUGGUAUAAAAGGGAUAGAAUGGGAUGCUGUUGAAUUACCUUCUCAGUUCAUGGAACAUUGGUGUUACCAAAGAGAAAAGGAUGUCAUAGAGGAGGGUCUUAAGAGCACUUCUCCUGAUGUGCUACUGACUCAAAAUGCUGGCAAAUUGAGUCUUUCAUCCAAAGAAAUCCAAUUGGAGAGUUCUAUCAACUCUAUACUUGCUGUUAACCUUUACCUUUCCCAAAAGGGAACCUUUAAGUGUAUUACUGUUACGGCAUACAACCUUGUAAAAGUUAGAGAUACUUUGAUGAGCAUUGCUAAACACUAUAAAACUGGAGAGAGUCUACCUGAAGAAAUAUGUUUGAAGCUCCUUGCAGCAAGGACUUUCCGUGCAGGUUCAGAAUUGCUACGUCAGGAUUGUAACUGUGUUGAACGAGAUGACUCAGGAGCUGUUAGUCAUGUUCCAAUAUUCAAGUCUGUUAGUCAUGCUCCAUUUUCAUCCUUGUCCCUAAAGAUAAGGAGAUAUGUGGAUUUGGAGCUCCAUACGAAAUACGUUCCAGGUGGACUAGAAUCUGUCUACGAAAUCGAUCAAAGAGUAGAUACAUAUGCAGCUGGUUACUAUUGUUACCAGUGGGCAGAGGUAUUAGCUGCCGAUGCUUUCUCGGCGUUUGAGGAGGCUGGCUUGAAUAAUGAAAAGGUUGUCAAACAAAUUGGAAUCAAGUUUCGAGAAACUGUUCUUGCUCUUGGUGGUGGAAAAUCACCCCUCCAGGUUUUCAUUGACUUCAGGGGACGGGAACCAUCACCAGAGCCAUUACUUAGGUAUUAUGGCCUAAAACCAUCCCUGGCUGCUGCCUGA